AUGGCUGAGAAAAAUGAAAGUCAUUUGAACUUCAAAAGGACAAUUCUUAUUACGGGUUCAACGGAUGGCAUUGGUCGACAAACUGCUCUAGAAUUGGCUGUGCGAAAUAAAGAAAAUUUUGUUAUUGUGCACGGCAGAAAUAUUGAAAAAUGUAAAGCAACUAUUGACUACAUCAUGCGUGAAGGCAAAUUAUCGGAUAAAUCGAAUCUUGAUUUUGUUGUUGCCGACUUCUCUGAUUUGAAAGAGGUUUCUGAUUUGGCUACGGACGUUGAAAAGCGCUUCCCACGUUUGAAUGUUCUGUUGUGUAAUGCCGGUGUUCUUUUACCUAAAAGAGCAGAAAGUCGAAAUGGAUUAGAGUUGACUUUUCAGAUUAAUCACUUGGCACAUUUCCUUAUCAUAAAUCGUUUACUUGCACUAUUAAAAGAAAAUCAACCUUCAAGGGUUAUUAUUGUCAGUAGCAGUCUUCAUAGUUGGCACAAAAUUGAUUGGAGGGACUUGAUGGCUGAGCGGGAAUAUGAAAAAUACCUUCAAUUUUCGAGGACGAAAUUAAUGAAUCAUUUAACGUCAUUUGCACUUCAUCGUCUUUUGGUCAGGCAAGGAUGUCAAUUUCGAGUUACCUCUAAUGUUAUCGAUUUGGGAAGCAUGGAACCAAGAGAUCGGAGAUCACGGAGUACGUCGCUAUCAUCCUCCGAUACAACAUUGGUGCUAAGUAGUGGUGUUGGUACACUGUUAACACUGGUUGAAUCUCCUGCACUGGAAAAUGUUAGUGGUAAAUAUUUUGACUGCCAUGGGAAACAGACGCGUAGUGGUUCUGAUGCUACGGAUGAACGAUUGCAACAGAAACUAUGGGAAAUGAGUGAACAGUUGUGUAAAGAUUAUCUAAAUUCUGGUCCAUCUAUUUCUUCAAAUUAUGCAAUCAAUGAUGUCCACUUCAUUUUUGAUCCUGCAACAGUGCGACAAAAUCUAUGUGAAUUACCUUGCGCAUUAUAUCCUAUCAAGGUCGCUGUUCACUCUGCUGAAGAACAAUGCUCCAUCUCGACUGGUCCUUGUAAGCAGCAUUUGUUACGAAUGCAAAACAACAUGCAUAUUUUCAGGUACUCUUUGGAUUGGUCGGACCUGGAAAGUUUGAAAACCUAUGAGAAGUACACACAGUAUUCGCGCACAAAGCUUAUGAUUCACUUGAUGACAUUCAAGCUUGCUCGUUUGUUCAACAAAUCUGGAGUUACUUGCAACGUUCUGGAACCAGGCGUCAUCGAGACAAAACUUCUGCGAGCUGGUGGUUAUAGUGGAGCUCCUGUUUGUGAAGGUUCUCGAGCAUGCAUCUUUUUGUGUACAUCUGAUAGUGUAAUCAAUGUGAAUGGUGCUUACUACGAUAAAAACUGUAAACGCGUUACCAAAUUAUUCAAAGAUGCAGUGGAUGAAAAGCAGCAGGAAGAUCUGUGGCAAUUAACCGAUAAAACAGCUGUCGGUUCAUCGGGUUCCCGACAAGAAGUGUUUUACGCUGAGAUCGAUGAAACGAUGAAAGUUAGUGAAGGAGGUGGUGUAGAUUCUGAAAAAAUUGAUAAGAUUUUCAUGACGAUACCCGAAGCACAGAAAUAUUGUGACCAAAAGGAAGUACCAAGUUCUCCCGGGAUGCUUUAUGCUUUGAUGUGGUUUUUCAAAAAUCGGAUGUAA